AGAGAGAGUGAGCGAGCGAGCGAUCGAGAGAGAGAGAGAGUUGGAGAGAAAAGGAGUAAAAAAAGCAGCAGCACUUGGGUUUGCCAGCGGUCCUGCGAGCUCGUCCAACAUUGAUUCGGUUCUCUUUUUUUUUUCCUGCCCGUAUUCUGUGCUUUGCAUUAGCCAGCUCCCCCCCCACCGGCCCCCCUUCGUCGCAGGAGUGUGCAUGCAUGUGCGCGCGUGUGCCUGCGUUAUGUGUGUGCCGCGCUCUCUGAGUUUUCUGCCGGAUCCAAAGAUCUAAGAAAACACUCAUUGCGCUUUGCCAAGGAUUUUUUUUUUUUCGGCAUUGUUUAGAUUUUUUUUUUUUUUUUUUUGUAAUUAUUUGGAAAGCGAAAGCAUUUAUUUUGAGCGCUGUUUCUUUUCUGUUUGUUUUUGCUUUUUUUUUCUUGCACACACACCUUUAUUGUAUUUCACUUUUAAUUUUUUUUUUUUUCCCCCAGCAAUUAUUUUUUUUUAAAAAAACAAUUUUACCUGGAACCGCAAAGCACAGCAAAAGAAAAUUCCUGAUCUUGAAAUUAACUUCUUUCCGCCGGCAAUUGGAGCGUCUCCAGACUUCUUUCCUUUUUACCCAAGUUUUUUUUUUUUUUGGUCGCCAAUUCUUCGUCUUUGCCAAGCCAGCAGUUGUUGUUUCGGCGUGAGUGGCAAAGAACUGGUGCGGGUGGAUUUUUUUUUUUUCCCAUCCUGAACGGCGUGCCAAAUUUAUGAUGAGAGUGCAAAAUGGAUGAAUUUCAUCCCUUCAUCGAGGCUUUGCUGCCACACGUCCGCGCCUUCUCCUACACCUGGUUCAACCUCCAGGCCCGCAAGCGCAAGUACUUCAAGAAGCACGAGAAGCGCAUGACGAAGGACGAGGAGCGCGCCGUCAAAGACGAACUCCUGGGCGAGAAGCCCGAGAUCAAGCAGAAGUGGGCGUCCCGUCUGCUCGCCAAGCUCCGUAAAGACAUCCGCCCGGAGUUCCGCGAGGACUUCGUGCUCACCAUCACGGGGAAGAAGCCGCCGUGCUGCGUGCUGUCCAACCCCGACCAGAAGGGCAAGAUCCGCCGCAUCGACUGCCUGCGGCAAGCGGACAAGGUCUGGCGCCUGGACCUGGUGAUGGUUAUCCUGUUCAAGGGAAGCCCACUGGAGAGCACGGACGGGGAGAGGCUGGUCAAGUCGCCGCAGUGUUCCAACCACGGCCUCUGCGUGCAGCCGCACCACAUCGGAGUGUCCGUGAAAGAACUGGACCUGUAUCUGGCCUACUUCGUCCACACGCCAGAAUCUGGACAAUCGGAUAACUCCAACCAACAAGGAGAAGCAGACAUCAAGCCUCCGCCCAAUGGGCACUUGAGUUUCCAGGACUGCUUCGUGACGUCAGGCGUAUGGAACGUGGCGGAGUUGGUCCGUGUGUCACAGACACCAGUUGCCACAGCAACCGGACCCAAUUUCUCUCUGGCCGACCUUGACAGUCCAGGAUAUUACAACAUCAACCUGGGUCGCCGCUCCAUUACGUCUACACCAUCAACCAGGACUGAGAUGGAGUUGUAUGCCAGUCUCCCGCGGAGCUCCAACAAACGUAAAUCCAUUGAUGACAGUGAGAUGGAGAGCCCGGUGGACGAUGUCUUCUAUUCGGGCCGUUCUCCAGCCCCGGGAGCAUCCCAGCCCAGCGGCUGGCCCAAUGAUGUUGAUGCAGUGCAACACCAUUUGGCCAGUAUGCAGGAGAGGAAGAUAAAACACGAAAGCGAUGGCGUGCAGUUUCCUUACCAUGGACUCUCGUCGCCUGGUUCUCUUAAGAAGUCGGGGAAAUUCGAUUUCAGCGCUCUGUCCGGCCAUACGAGGUCUGCACGCAUGCCGUUCACCCAUCACCCGCUGCCCAUGCUGGCAGGUGUAAGACCAGCAGGAAGUCCCCGUGCCUCAGCUUCCUCCCUGCACUUCCCCUCACCCUCCAUCAUCCAGCAGUCCAGCCCGUACUUCACCCAUCCCACCAUCCGAUACCACCACCACCCGGGACAGGACCCGCUCAAGGAGUUCGUGCAGUUCGUGUGCGCCGACGGAUCAGGACAGGCUAGUGGUCAGCCGAACGGGAGCGGCCAGAGCAAAAUGCCGGGCUCCUUCUUGCUGCCACCACCCCCCCCUGUGGCGCGUCCAGUGCCCCUCCCAAUGCCAGACUCUAAACCCAGCAGCACGCCCCCCGAUGGUGGACUCACCUCACCCACAUCUCCGUCAUACUCCACGCCAGGCUCCACAGCUCCCAACAGGUUUGUCAGCAUCGGAUCACGGGACAACAACUUUCUGAACAUACCCCAGCAGACGCAGUCAUGGUUCCUUUGACGAGGUCCUGCCUGCAACCUGUCGACACAAUUUGGAAGUUUUAUGACAAAAAAAAGAAAUCCUGUUUGAAAAUCCCCUCCGACCCGAAACGCACCCUAAGAAACGUGAGCAGCAUAUGAUUGGGAAACGUUCGACCCUGUAUUUGCCAACCGUCAGACGCCCUUCAAGCCCGCUCCUCCACCUCCGACACAGACUUUCAGAUCACAGCAGGAGGUGAGGGACCGACACGCACCUACAGCAUCUCGCAAGAACCGUCGUCACAACCAACGGCAACGUAGAGGAGGAAGAACCCGAUGAACACAGACAGAAAAUGUUACUAGGAAGAAGGAUGUAGUGUACAAUGGCUGGGAUUAUCAACAGUUUCAGUGGUGAGGAUUCAGACACAACAAAAAUCCGUUUUUUUUGUUUUCGAAACACUUAAACAUGCUGACGUUCAGCAUACAGGCGACACUAAAAGUCACAUCAUAAGAGCCCCCGGACGUUUUGCAUCUCUAGCUAAUUAGCAUGCAGUAGAAACGUCUUUAUUUCCCUUUUGCGGUCAAUUACUAAACUAACUACGAACAGCAGAAGUAUUGCACUACAGUAACGCGAAGAACACUAGUUUGACGUGCACUAUUGAAAAUGGGAUCGACGGCGGACAUUAUUUGCACAUUUUAUCGCGGAGAAAAACUAACCUGGCACACUAAAGCUACCCAGAGACCCGUUCUCGUUUUCAGGCCUCAGACUGAAUUUUUUAAUAAAACAAAAGUCCAUUUCAAGCACUUAGUGCCAACUAGACACCACCAGAUUUUACUUACAACUCCUAUAGAACAAAUACAGCCAAUUAGCGCACACUUAAGGUGCGGUCACAUUCACUAAAUUUUGUGGGUUUUUCUUAAACCUGAUGCGAUUUUUCAUUCUUAAAUGAAAUUUCUGAUAGUAGUAGUAGUAGUAUUUUUUCCAUACUGUGGAAGUCAAUGGCAACCGUGGAUGAUUUAUCUCUUUAAAAUGACUAUUUUUCGCCUGUUUAUUACUAUGUAGCUAUGAUUUACAAAAACAAAGUAAUGAAUUUGUACAACGCA